CAGGCCGCGCAAGCUCCGUGGCCCGUCUACCGGGCGCGCAAUUGCGAAUAUUGUCGCCGCGCCGGAAGUCCAGAGCACGUGACCGGGUGACAGCGUUCGCUCGGCUGCAGGGCUCGCUUAAGGUGUUGCGGCACGGGAUGGCGGAGGCGCCUCCUGUCUCAGGUACUUUUAAAUUCAAUACGGAUGCUGCUGAGUUCAUUCCUCAGGAGAGAAAAAAUUCCGGUCUAAAUUGUGGGAGUCAAAGGAGACUAGAUUCUAACAGGAUUGGUAGAAGAAAUUACAGUUCACCACCUCCCUGUCAGCUUUCCAGGCAGGUCCCUUAUGAUGACAUCUUGGCUGUUCACCAGCACAGUUAUCACCCUUCAGGAAGCAAACCUAAGAGUCAACAGACUGCUUUCCAAACCUCUGCUUCUAAUAAAUCAUUCAAGAGCCAUGGCCUUCAGAAUCAACCUUGGCAGAAAUUGAAGAGUGAAAAGCAGCAUGUCAGAGCCAAGAGAACACAAAGUCUCACUGACCAGACCUCAGAUGUGGCUGGCGUAGAAAGUGUGGCCCGGUCAGAGAGUGGGACAGACCCCAGAGAGCACAGCCCUUCUGAGAGCGAGAAGGAAAUUGUCGGCGCAGAUCCCAGGGGAGCAAAACCCAAAAAAGCAACCCAUUUUGUGUACGGCCAUGGUAGAGGACCAAAAGUGAAGGGGAAACUCAAAAGUGAGUGGGGUAACAGAAUGACUCCAAAACCAGAGGAUGCCGGACCUGAGAACGCCAAACCCCUGGGGAUCAUCCACCCUGACUCUUCAGAUGCAUCUGUUAGAAAAGGAGUAUUAGACGGGUCUGGGGCCAGACGCAAUGAGCAGAGAAGAUACCCACAGAAAGGGCCUCCUUGGGAAGUGGAAGGGGCCAGGCCACGACCAGGCAGGAAUCCACCAAAACAGGAUAGCCAGCGACAUACAAAUGCAGGACCCAGAAACAGCAUGGCCCCCAUUCCAAAGGAUAAUGUUAAUGAAAGACCACCAAAAUCUGCCUGUGACAGUGGGAACUUGGCAGUCGUCAAGUCGUCCAGAAGGGUUGGUCCAGAGAAAUGCACCGUGAGGAGGCAGGAUCCUCAAGUAGCAUCUUUCCCCCGAGGCAAACAGAACCACGUCCUAAAGAACAUGGAAACACACACAGGUUCUCUUAUUGAACAGCUAACUACAGAAAAAUAUGAGUGCAUGGUGUGCUGCGAACUGGUUCGCGUCGCGGCCCCGGUGUGGAGCUGUCAGAGCUGCUAUCAUGUGUUCCAUUUGAACUGCAUAAAGAAGUGGGCAAGGUCUCCGGCAUCGCAGGCAGACGGCCAGAGUGGUUGGAGGUGCCCUGCCUGUCAGAACGUUUCUGCACAUGUUCCUAAUACCUACACGUGUUUCUGUGGCAAGGUAAAGAAUCCUGAAUGGAGCAGAAAUGAAAUUCCACAUAGUUGUGGUGAAGUUUGUAGAAAGAAACAGCCUGGCCAGGACUGCCCACAUUCCUGUAACCUUCUCUGCCAUCCUGGACCUUGCCCACCCUGCCCUGCCUUUAUGACUAAAACGUGUGAAUGUGGACGGACCAGGCACACAGUUCGCUGUGGUCAGGCUGUCUCCGUCCACUGUUCUAACCCAUGUGAGAAUGUUUUGAACUGUGGUCAGCACCAGUGUGCUGAGCUGUGCCAUGGGGGUCCGUGCCAGCCUUGCCGGAUCAUAUUGAAGCAGGUUUGCUACUGCGGCAGCUCCUCCCGAGAUGUGUUGUGUGGAACAGACGUAGGAAAGUCUGAUGGAUUUGGGGACUUUGGCUGUUUAAAGAUAUGUGGCAAGGACUUGAAAUGUGGGAGCCAUGCGUGUUCUCAAGUGUGCCACCCUCAGCCCUGCGCGCCGUGCCCACGGCUCCCCCCCCUGGUGCGCUGUUGCCCUUGCGGGCAGACUCCUCUCAGCCAGUUGCUAGAACCUGGAAGCAGUGGUCGGAAGACGUGCAUGGACCCCGUUCCUUCAUGUGGAAAAGUGUGCGGCAAGCCUCUGCCUUGUGGUUCCUUAGAUUUCAUUCAUACCUGUGAAAAGCUCUGCCAUGAAGGAGACUGUGGACCAUGCUCUCGCACAUCAGUCAUUUCCUGCAGAUGCUCUUUCAGAACAAAGGAGCUCCCAUGUACCAGUCUCAAAAGUGAAGAUGCUACAUUUAUGUGUGACAAGCGGUGUAACAAGAAACGGUUAUGUGGACGGCAUAAAUGUAACGAGAUAUGCUGUGUGGAUAAGGAGCACAAGUGUCCUUUGAUUUGUGGGAGGAAACUCCGUUGUGGCCUUCAUAGGUGUGAAGAACCGUGUCAUCGCGGGAACUGCCAGACGUGCUGGCAAGCCAGUUUUGAUGAAUUAACCUGCCACUGUGGCGCAUCAGUGAUCUACCCUCCAGUGCCCUGUGGUACCAGACCCCCCGAGUGUACCCAGACCUGCGCCAGAAUCCAUGAGUGCGACCAUCCAGUGUAUCAUUCCUGUCACAGUGAGGAGAAGUGCCCCCCUUGUACCUUCCUGACUCAGAAGUGGUGCAUGGGCAGACACGAGUUACGAAGCAACAUCCCCUGUCACCUGGUUGAUAUCUCUUGCGGAUUACCCUGCAGUGCCACACUACCGUGUGGGAUGCACAAGUGUCAGAGACUCUGUCACAAAGGAGAGUGUCUUGUGGAUGAGGCCUGCAAACAGCCCUGCAGCACCCCCAGAGCUGACUGUGGCCACCCCUGUAUGGCGCCCUGCCACCCCAGCUUACCCUGCCCCGUGACUGCUUGUAAAGCUGAGGUAGAGCUGCAGUGCGAAUGUGGACGAAGGAAAGAGAUGAUGAUUUGCUGUGAAGCAUCCAGUACUUAUCAAAGAAUAGCUGCUAUUUCCAUGGCCUCUAAAAUAACAGACAUGCAGCUUGGAGACUCAGUGGAGAUCGGCAAGUUAAUUACGAAGAAGGAAAUUCACCAAGCCAGGCUGGAGUGCGAUGAGGAGUGUUCAGCCUUGGAAAGGAAGAAACGGUUAGCAGAGGCGUUUCAUAUCAGCGAAGAUUCUGAUCCUUUCAAUGUACGUUCUUCAGGGUCAAAAUUCAGUGACAGUUUGAAAGAAGAUGCCAGGAAGGACUUAAAGUUUGUCAGCGACGUUGAGAAGGAAAUGGAAGCGCUUGUGGAGGCCGUGAACAAGGGGAAGAAUAGUAAGAAGAGCCACUCCUUCCCUCCCAUGAACAGAGACCACCGCCGAAUCAUCCACGACCUGGCCCAAGUGUAUGGCCUGGAGAGCGUGAGCUACGACAGUGAGCCGAAGCGCAACGUCGUGGUCACGGCAGUCAGAGGGAAGUCCAUUUGUCCUGCUACCACGCUGACAGGUGUACUUGAAAGGGAAGUGCAGGCCCGGCCUCCACCACCGAUUCCUCACCACAGACAGCAGACAGACAAGAAUCCUGGGAGCAGUAAUUUACAGAAAAUAGCCAAGGAGCCAGUAAUUGACUACUUUGAUGUCCAGGACUAAGAGGAUCAGGAUCCCCUCACAUGAAAGAGUAAUGAGGUGUGGGGCAGACUCGCCUGCUGGCAGAUAAGGCAUGCUCGUUCCAGCUGCCUGGGAGACUGACAGCCUUGCCUCCUGUCUCAGACAAAUACGUCCAGAGCCUGAGUGUGUCGGAGUCCCCUGCUCCUCUGUUCCCUCUGUAUAAAGUAUUUCCGUGUGGCCAGAUGUCUGACUGGACAGUCACUGGCGAUGCCAUCAUGUUUUUGCAGAGGCUUCUCACGUCAUCACUGAUUGCUCGGAGGGUUGGGGCAACCUUGGGCUUGAUCUGGACAGACCAGAAUUUUAGCCUGAAAAUGGCACUUAGAGCCCAGUUGUCCCAGUCAUGCAUCCUCCUCCUGAAAAUGCCUGCAACGCCUGGUGCACCUCGCCGCCUUCAUCCAGAUUCAUCGCGGUCUUUAGAAAGACACAAGCGAACUUCUCAGUCCUUAAAGCAAACACUGAAUUGGCACACUAUAUCCCGAAGCACCCAGGUUGUGUUAGACCCGGCUGUCUCGUCUGAGUCUGUGGCCAAAACCUCUCACAGGUUUGUCUAGCUGAACUGUUUUAGUGGUUCUCAGUACCAUCAGUUCUAACCUAGGAGAGGGGCCAGGUUGCUUUACAGAGUUCUGUUUUCCAGAGUCCGGGGGCUGCCUCAUACCACAUCACUGAGCCUGUCUGGUCACAGACAUGAGCUGUCCACCAUGAUGGUGGAGGACGUAAGGCAGCUGCACCUCCUACACAGGGUCACACGGUGGCCUCUGUGUGCUGAGCAGGGUAGCCCUAACUCCUCUGUGUUGGAGAGGGUCUCAGGUAGACUUGCCCUUCCUCUGUUGCUCUCUCCCAGGCCUGCAGCAGCCGUGUUGGCUCUCCCUGUCUCUGAGCUCUGGACUUCUGUUUGAAUGUUCCCAAAAAAGGUGGACAGUCAUGGCUUAUCUCAGCAGCCUGCUGGGAGCAUCCCACAGGCUCCUUCAAGGCAGGUGCAGCGACAGUUACAUGAGUUGGCCCUCUUUGCAUUGGCAUCUCCAGCACGGGGGCCAGACUGCCAGCAGCUGCCGCUGCUCCAGAACAAGCCACAAGCCCAGAGCAACAGAAGGAGACUUGAGAAGUGACGUCACAAAACCAGCACUUAACAUUCAUAGGAAGAGCAGGGCAGCCGUUUGGUCCUGACCUAGACAAUCUGCCUUGAAAGGCAUCGGGUACAGCAGGGAGAAGAGGCAACCGGAGGGAAGAGACAGAAUGCAAAACCACCUUUGUCUGGGCCCUUUCAGCAAGGGUCAGCGGCCCCAGACACAGCGGGCAGCCCAUGAGCAUCCGUUACGUCUUUGAGGCGGUGAGCUCAGUGGGUGAGCUGUACCCUGAGAGCAUCUCAGGAGCAGCAGGAGGUGGGAUGUCUGAUCUCAGAUCCCAGCUCUGCCACCCAGCUUGCUGCCUGGUGGAAUGGAGGUGUCACGUUCCUCACCAGAGUCGUGGUGAGGACUAAAUGAGAACGCACGUGGAGGGGCCUGAUCCUGGGUGCUGAAACUUUAUAAAAAUGAUACUUGAGACGUGGAAAAUACGUAAACGUCUUCUUCCCCCACAUUGCUAGAGCGCUGCCCACGCCUCUGCUGGUGCGUGCCCGCCCACCUGUCCCGCGCCAGCCCGCACGAGCAUGUGCGCGGCAGAGUGACCUGUUCUUUUAUCGUUCGUAGUCCAGGGAGGGACGCACACCUGAGCAAAUAUUUGUAAUGGAAUUGGUUGGUCUGGCCCAAGUAGGUCAUUAGUCUGUUAUUAAAAGCUGAGGAGCCGUCA